AUGUACCGUCGGCGGCUCUCAACACCCAAUGGUGACCUCUGGCUGAUCCGCUACUCCUCCAGCAGCAGCACGACGACGAGAGGUGCCACGGCGAACGGAGAAGGUAUGAAUGUAGGAAGCACUCGAGGGGGGAAGGCGAUGGCUAUAGAUACGUUGAAAGCUGGAAGACUAGAUGAGUCGGGUGCAUGCUCGCGAGAGCAUAUGCACGAUUAUCGUCAAUUCGAGGUCUUGAGGAAUCGGGAUCCCGACAAUGUCUGGAUAGCAACGCUUUGGCGCGCUGGUGCCUUCUCGGCUGGUGUAUACGAGGCAUGUUCCGAAGGUAGAGAAGUGGGAAUGGAGAGCCCUCGAGACAAGUGUGUCAAUAAAGGCAGCAUACGGGGGGUCAUGAAUCGCGAAAAGUUCUGCUACGACGAUUCCCCCGCACUAGCAUGGCCCAACGCCGACGGGCAGGCGAUCCGCAGAGGACGUUCCCCGGCGGGUCUAGUCUCGCAGUUGACCGAACAUUGUCGCUACACAGCCUCCUCAAUUCGCAAGAGUGGAUCCUCGUGCAUGGAUUUUCAUUCUUCAAAGAGAUCCCAGCAUCAUACCAGCUGUCCAGGACAGUACAACCCCGGCGACACGACCUUCGGGGCAUCGGGCGUACACUGGCGUACACACUACCCAUUAGCCAUCCUGCGCUACGUCGUUCCGUAA